AUGGAGGAAAACAGCUUCGUUAUUUUCGUCCUUGUCCGUUCGAUGUAUGGUGGAGGAGCAGCUCUACAAAACAUUCUGCUGCGGAAAAAAUCGGAUGAUGUGGCCUCUUACAGCAGGCGCCUCAUACUAUGCCUGCGGGCGGCCGCCAAGUACCGUGCAUCUCGCAUGGCUGAAGUCGCCGCAAAGUAUAUGUGUUACCUCUGGGAUCUCACUUGGUCUCAGGUGCCGAAGACGAUGCGCCAUGAUCUUGUCGAAACUUGGGUCUUGUGCCGAACCAACAAUGAUCUUUUCGCCUUCCCGCCUUCACCUAUGGUAGAGAUGGCCGUUAAGAAGGGCGCCAAUCACUUCACGUUUGGCAUCCUGGAUCUGGUGGACCCGGACCUGUGCUUGCGCAUCAGCUUGGCCGACUACAAGACCCUCUCGAAGCUUCUAUAUGAGAAUAUGCGAUCGGCAGAAGCCCUUCGAAUGAUGUGCAGCGAGUUCAACUAUCAUGCUAAAGGGUCUCAAAAGCUCAAGGUCGAAACGAGCAAUAAGGGCCAGCUACUCUGCAGGUUUUAA